GAUCAGAGGUCUAUUUGUGGAGUUGAUGAUCUCACCCUAGUGCCCGAGUUGUGAUGUGGGGGUGCACCAUGGCAAUACAAGGUUCAAUGGUGAGCCUGGCUUUACUGUUCUUUGCGAUUCAAGCUGUUCCUAACCCCACCAGCAAACUAGUGAGGACCACAAGGGUGAGGCGACAGGUUCCCGAAGGUAGGGUUCCCUCUAGCAACCAGACCCAGGCCAUGAUCUUCAAUCAUGUAUACAACAUCAAUGUACCUCUAGAGUCACUCUGUUCAGUGGACCUUGACACGGUACCAGGGCCAGGGACAAACAAAGGUACAGCUGGGAGUGACAAGAUGCCGACAGAGUACACAGAAGAGACAGUGGACUCGGACAGCCAGGUGACCUUCACCCAUCGCAUCAAUAUCCCAAAGCAGGCCUAUGCUUGUCCUGCGGCUGCCGCCAUGGAACAGCUGGCUAGCCGUAUAGAGAUGCUGGAGAGGGAGGUGUCCUUGCUUCGAGCACAGUGUAGCUCCAGCUGCUGUGGAGAGAGCUCUGUUAUUGGUCACUUCGACUUCGUCCCUCAGUGUGGCCAUGGCACAUUCAGCAUGGAGGUUUGUGGGUGUGUUUGUGAAGAAGGAUGGAUUGGCAAGAACUGUUCUGAAGCCCGCUGCCCAGAUGACUGCUCUGGCCAGGGCAUUUGCAUCGAAGGCGAGUGUGUAUGUGACCGUAACUUUGGCGGUGAUAACUGCUCGGAGCCUCGAUGUCCAGGUGAUUGCUCAGACAGGGGGUUAUGCAUUGAUGGCGAGUGUGUUUGUGAGGAAGCCUAUGCUGGGGAGGACUGCUCGCUGGGCAGAUGUCUUAACGACUGCUCAGAUCAAGGAACCUGUGUGAACGGAACCUGCCAGUGCCGACCCGGCUUCCUGGGGGAAGACUGCUCUCUCAUCUUCUGUGCUAAUAACUGCAGCCAGAAAGGGGUGUGUAAGGAUGGUUUCUGCGCCUGUCAAGAGGGAUAUACAGGAGAUGACUGUGCUUCAGUGUCACCUCCUAUGAAUCUGCAAGUUCGGGGUGUGUCAGAGAACACCAUUGAUCUGGAGUGGGAGGGGCCUGUGAUCCUGACAGACUAUCUCAUCACUUACGCCCCCACAACCCCUGGUGGAGUACAACUAGAGAUCAGAGUCCCAGGAAAUGUUACCAACACCACCCUCAAAGGAUUGGAGCCGGGUCUGGAGUACAACAUCAAUUUGUACGCCGUGAUCGACAACAUCAUCAGUGCCCCAAUGAACACCUUAGUCUCCACCUAUCUCUCGAAUCCAGAUGGUUUACUCUUCAAAUCCAUCAUGGAGACGUCCGUGGAGGUUCAGUGGCAACCCUUAGACUACUUGUUUGAUGGUUGGGAAAUAAGCUUCAUUCCCAAGGACAAUGAUGGAGGGAUGACAGCACAACUACCCAGUACCAUCACGUCGUUCCACCAAACAGGGCUGCGGCCUGGGGACGAAUACACUGUCAACCUUGUGGCCUUGAAAGACCAAGGAAGGAGCCAGCCUGUUACUGCAACCGUUAUCACAUUGAUCGAUGGGCCAACACAGCUUACUGUACGAGAUGUCUCAGACACGGUUGCCUUUGUGGAGUGGAACCCACCCAAGGCUAAAGUGGACCAGAUUGUAUUGCGGUAUGGGCUGGUAGGGGUGGAUGGACCAAAGACCACCUUUCGCCUCCAGUCUACUCUGAGCCAGUACUCCCUCCAAGUCCUGAGGCCUGGAUCCACAUAUGAAGUAUCAGUCAGUGGAGUCCGGAAUGGCACUGAGAGUGGAGCCAUUUCCACAGAGUUUACCACAGAAAUCGAUGCACCAAAGAACCUGAGAGUGCUGUCGAAAACUUCCACUAGCCUGGAGCUGGAAUGGGACAAUAGUGAGGCAGAUGUAGAAGGCUACAGGGUGGUUUACAGCACACUGGCUGGUGAUCAGUAUGACAAAGUCAUUGUCCCACUCAAUGAUGGCGCCACCACCAAAACUAUUCUCACUGAUUUACUGCCUGGCACAGAGUAUGGCAUAGGAAUUUCAGCAGUUCUAGGUGCCAACCAAAGCACCCCAGCUACGAUGAAUGCCAGAACUGGUCUGGAUGUCCCCUUGGAUUUGGCUGUCACAGCCUCCACAGAUAACACCAUCACCCUGUUGUGGGGCACAGUGCAGGGGCCUAUUGAUCACUAUAGGGUGACCUACACUUCCUCCACUGGAGCCACAACUGAGCUGUCGGUGCCCAAGGAUGUCACCACCACCACACUGACAGGUCUAGAGCCAGGCACUGAGUACACCAUUACAGUUGCAGCACAGAGAGGCAGGCAGAAGAGCACUGCAGCCACUAUUGAUGCCUUUACAGGGUUCCGCCCUAUCACACAGCUCUUCUUCUCUGAUGUCACUUCUGAUUCAUUGACUGUGGCAUGGAGUGCACCGGCACCGCCUGCUGAUGCAUUCAUCUUGAACUACAAUGCUCAGGACUCCAGUGAUGAUUCUGAGAUUGCUCUAGACGGGUCCAAAACCAGAAUCACCCUCACUGGUCUCCUGCCCUCCAGGCGGUACACUGUUACCUUGGUUACCAUGCAUGGCAAUGUGACCUCAAAGCCAGUUAUUGGCUCAGUCACAACAGGUGUCAAGGAUAUGACUGUGCAGUACGUCACAGAGGAAUCUGUAACCAUUUCAUGGAUUCAACCAUACGCACCCUUUGAUUACUACAAAAUGUCUUACCAAUCACCAAAAGGUAGGAUGGACAAUGUGGUGACUGACAAUGACAUCACCAACUACACCCUAACCAGCCUCCAUCCAGCAACGGAGUACGAGAUCAAGCUGAACGCAGUGAGAGGAAGCCAAGAGAGCAAGGUCAUCACCACUACUGUCUUUACAGCUAUGGACAUGCCUAUGGACCUCACGGCAUUGAAUGUUACACCUCAGGGGGCUCUGCUACGUUGGAACCCCCCUGUUUCCAGUGUUGAUAACUACGUGCUCACCCUCACCCGUAACCAAGUUAUGGCAGACACCUUCUUAGUGGAGGGUAACAAGCAGGAGUACCAGCUGAGUCAGCUCAUCCCCAGCACCACCUACUCAGUGGCUCUUUAUGCCACUAAAGGUCCUCUCACCAGUGGCACUGUCAUCGCCAACUUUGUCACACCCAUGGAUGCGCCCCAGAACCUGACAGCUAGUGAGAUUAACCAUCGAAGCGCCCUCAUAUCCUGGCAGCCGCCCAUCGCAGACAUCGAUAACUACAUGCUGACCUACAAAGCAGCGGAUGGCAGUCGAAAGGAGCUGAUCUUAGAUGCUGAAGACACGUGGAUCCGUCUCGAGGGGCUGGCGGAGACCACCGAAUAUACUGUGAGACUGCAAGCUGCUAGAGGAAUAGAGACCAGCGCCAUUGUUUCUACAUCGUUCACAACAGGAAAUCGAUUAUUUCCCACGCCACAGAACUGUGCGCAACACCUCCUGAAUGGAGAAACGCUGAGCGGAAUUUACACCAUCUACAUCAACAGAGACCUCAGCCAAGGUGUGCAGGUUUACUGCGACAUGACCACCGAUGGAGGCGGCUGGAUAAUGUUCCAGCGACGUCAGAACGGUUUGACUGAUUUCUCCAGGAAGUGGAGUGACUACAAGAUCGGCUUUGGCAACCUGGAGGAUGAAUUCUGGCUCGGAUUGGACAACAUUCAGAAGAUUGCAGCUCAAGGUCGUUAUGAGCUCCGCAUUGACAUGAAAGAUGGCCAGGAGUCUGUAUAUGCCAACUAUGACAGGUUUUCCAUUGGAGAUUCCAAGAGCCUCUACAAACUGAGGAUAGGAGAGUAUAAUGGCACUGCAGGUGACUCUCUAAGCUACCAUCAAAGCAGACCU